ACCUUUUCAACCCGUAAUAUUGCCCUGAUGCCCUGAUGCCCUGGACCUCUGGGCUUACAUCGAUCUGCAACUGCACCUCUCCCACCUCCUGCGUAGAUACUUGGACAGUCGCGCGUCGCUCUUCGCCCGUGCCUCCGUUCUCGUCCUCGUCUUCUCUCACCCUGGUCCUACUUGGCCGGGCCGUUUACUUGACUGUGCUUGAUCUCGACAAGUACACACAGACACGGUGCUCUAUUGCUUCUCUGGUGUAGUGUCUCGCGGCGACCUACAUCCAUCUCCCUGUCUGCUUGCUACCUAACCUACCUUGCAUCUUUUUCCCACUUGCCAGUGCGUAUUGUGAAAGUGUCUCUCAACCAUCUCGCUCGGCACCUCCGGGAUUGCCAAGAUUGGACGUGUCUCGCCACGACUUGCAGGAGAAACGCGGCAGCGACGGAUAGCGGCCAAUAACGAAGACGCGCACGGCGACACCAAAGGAUCACCAACAGCCCGCUCUAUCACGAGCCGACAGGAGCUGUGAAUUCCAGCGGCGACAGCAGCAACACCGCCCAAGGUCCUCCCGGCGCGAUAGCCAUCCCGCCACUCCCGAGAGCGCCCGAGUCCUCGUCUCCCGUCUACAGUACUGUACCACGUAGGUUGGGAAAGCGUGCCUGUGCUUCCCUGCCGCUCCACGAGUUUCCGGCAAGCCCAGGCAAACGGAAGUUGCAAACGGGGACUUAAACGGGAACCCUCGCCCGACUCAGUCAUUCAUCGCCAACAAAAGGCCUGCCUACCCAGUCGAAGCCAACGGGUUUUCGAGGCACCCCCCUUCCCACGAACCCACCGGCCAAGCUAGACCUUGGGCUCGGUCGACGGCAUUGAAAGCGGGCUGUUUGCCCGGUCCCUCGACCACCACUAUUCUUCCACCGUACUACCCAUACUAUUUACGUGUUUACCUACUUUGCUUAGAGAACAUCACUUCCCUCUCCAAAUCCCCCCCCGAGUCCUCUUCGACCGCUUCGUGAGCCAGCCCGGGGCUCGACUCGACGCCGCCAGCUGCCUUGCCUCGGACGAACAGCACUUGACCCAGGCACGCCGCACACCCCCUCGCACCACCCUGCAACACCCCCCAGCUAGGCCGCACUAUGGUGACAGGCGCGCUCCGUGGUUGGUUUGGCGCAAGUACCGAGGCCCCGUUUGGCCAGGGCUCGUCCUCAGCAGUGGCCACCGCCAGCCCCAGCGGCGCCAACUCCAGCAGCGCCAGUCCCAGUCCCAGGCCCAGCAGCGUCAGCAAUAGCGGAGCCCGACCCAGCGCUGCGGCAGCCGAUAGUCAUAGCAUUAACCGUUAUCGUGCGUCACCUAAUAACGACGGUCGCCCUCCUCCAUCCCGCUCCCUCUCACCGUCGCUCCAUCAAUCCACCCCAUCGGCGUCGCCCUCUCCGCAGCCCGCCACCCCCAGGUCGCCUGUCGCCAACGUCGACCACCCCCACCACCACCACAAGGCCGAGGCCACGAAGCCCAUCGACAUCACUUCGCAAUCACCCUCGUUUGCGCUCUCGUCGCUCCGUGAGUCGCUGCCCUCCGCAUCGGUGCCCUUUGGCCACAAUCGCUCCCUCGACGACGACCAAGACGUGAUCCUCCUCGACGCCGACCUCUUCGCGCACCCGCCCGCCGAAAUGACUGCCGGCGCCGUCGACUCGGCCAUGGGCCGCAGUCGUCAGGACUCCUUCGUCAGCGCCGGCCCCAAGCCCAUCUCCAUGGCCAACCCCAAUCGCGCCGCCGACAACCGGCCUCGGCGGGAGAGCUUCGGCGGCAGCUUGAUGGGAGGCAUGAGCUGGGGAGGCCUGUCCGUGAGCAGUUUUAUCAGAGACGAAAUUCAGAUGACAGGAACUUCGCCGUACCCGGCGCAUCAGUCCCCAUCACUUCACUCCUCUUCGUACAUCCCGAAGCUUGAGGCGAACUUCAUGCGCGACUUCACGUGCUGUGACAGGACAUGGCCGACCAUGCAUGACCUCCUUACCCACUACGAGGAGAGUCACACUGGCGUGGCGGCGCCUGCGCGGAAUGGCUCCCAGCUUUCAGCUGGCCAGCAUAGUUUGAAGGCGUCAUCUGCUCGGGGAGUCUCCUCUGCAUCAGCAUUCGGCGCGGCCCAGCAGGCCAGCCGUCUAGGCCAGCCGCCGACCCAGCUUGGCCAGCAGCCUAGAACGGCCUCCGGUUUGGCUGCCAGCGCAGCCCCGGGCGGAGGUAUGAAUCUGGGCGGUAUCCAGCAGAUGAUGCGCCAGCAACAACAGCAGCAGCAGCAGCAGCCGCAACAAAGGCAAGCGCAUCAACAGGGAGUCCAGCCCAUUCCUUCAAAGCUCAUGUUGCAGCUAGACGACCAUCUCGACGCCAUGGGCGAUAUGGAGAUGGACGACCCCGUCGGCAUCAUGGACAUGGACGACAGCAGCAGCAGCAACCAGAGGUCAACCACCUCCAUGCAGCAAGCCCGGCAAAUGUUUGGCCAGCAACAGCGCCCGCAGCUGCAGUUGAACGGCUCACCCGGACUUGCCCACCAGGGCCUGCGCACCCCGCAGCCGACGACGCCCUCGGCCGCCAACUUUGGCUUCCAGGACCCGACAGUGUCGUCCGUCAACACGCCGACUCUCACCACCCAUCAGGGUGUUGCUUCGAGAUCUCAGUUCGGUCAGAGCGGCGCUUUCCCCUCGGCCGAGGACAUGGAUGAGGACAUCCCGGGCAUGCCAAUGCAGAUGAAUCUGGGCAAUAUGAACCUCAACGGCGGCCAGUUCGGCCUCGGGUUUGACGCCGCCAACCUGAACUGCAUACAGGAUCCUGGAAAGCGGCUCUACAGCCCGAACGGGGGUAAUUCGCAGCAGGCCCAGGCUCAGGCUCAGCAGGCACAACAGCAACAGCAGCAACUCGCCCAGCAGCGGCUGCUACAACAGCAACUGGCAGCGUUCAACAUCGAGCAGCUACCCCCGGGGACCGAUGCCCAGGCUCUGCUGCAGCACAUGAGGGAAAUGAUGAUGCCUGAGGAGAACAAGCCCUACAAGUGCCCCGUCAUCGGCUGUGAAAAGGCCUACAAGAACCAAAACGGUCUCAAAUACCACAAGACCCACGGACACGCGACACAGCAGUUGCACGAGAAUGGAGACGGCACAUUCUCCAUCGUUAACCCCGAGACAUCAGCUCCUUAUCCCGGCACCAUGGGUAUGGAGAAGGAGAAGCCAUUCAAGUGCGAGGUCUGCGGCAAGCGGUACAAGAACCUCAACGGGCUGAAAUACCACAAGGCGCACUCGCCCCUCUGCGACCCUGAGCUCAAACUGCAACACCAAAACGCCCUGGCGGUCGCGGCAGCGGCGGCAUCGCUCAACCCGAACCAGCUCGCCGCUCUCAGCCUAGGCUUGCACAACCUGCCCAACAUUGGCGAAGAGUCUAUGCUCUAAGGGUAGGGCGGGACGUCAGGUUGGCACCAAACAUGCCGCUCAUGUUACGCCUCUGCAUCACUUGCAUUUCCAUCAAGCGCCCCUCACCUCCUUCAGUGUUUAUUUCUCGUCCCCUUCCCUGCUGCAUUUGAGUUGAGCGGCGUUCCCUCCGAAAGAUACCCACGGCCCUUCCCACCGCACCACACUAAUCCCCCUAUAGACUGGCAAUAUCCCCAAACCCAGAGCUUCCCACAUUGCUGGGAAGAGACGCCCAAGGACUCACGACAAAUCGUGUGGGGCCUAGAGAGACGGGAUGCAUUGAAGCGACCCCCGUUUGUGUUGUUAACCAAAAGUACAUGUUGCUCUUUGUCGGUUUUUCUUGUAUUUCCUUUUUGGAAUUAUGUCACGCCUCGUGCUGGGUUCCAGGGUACCUCUAAUGAUGCCCUUUGUCUUGCUUUUGGUCCCUUCGGUGGAGUUCCUCUUCAUUUUCUCUUUCACUGCCUUUUUUUUCUGAUCUCUCUGCUCCUUGUUUUCACCAUCUUCUUCUGUGGUUAUACUUCCCGUGUGAUGUGUUGGUAGAUGAUUUGUUGUUUUUUCUCUUAUGCCGACACGAUUAGACGGACGGGACUGGUUGGAACAUGUGGGAAAAGUAACUGGAAGGGAGGCGUUCAAAAGGAAAAGGAUGGCUACUACGUCAUCUUACAAUUUUCACAUCUGAAUCUUCCAAUUGCUCAAAGGUCGCAUCUCACAAACCCGCAGGCAUGUUAGAUUUUAGUACUUGCUACUUGUAUAGAAAACACUUUGUUCAAACCG